AUGAACGAGUUGACCGACUUUGACACAAUCAAACAAAUUAUUGACGCUACGAUUGAAGAGGAUUGCUACGUCGAGGAAUGUCCAGCAGGUCGUGUGAGGCAGCCAAAUCCUUAUUUCAUUUCUGAAAGUAAUGGCUGUGGUUCAUUCGGUUAUCAGUGGAAAAAGGAUUUGUUACCCGACGAAGGGCUUGAGGAUUGCUGUAAUGUCCACGAUCAUUGCUACGAUGAAUGCGGCGCUGAUAAAGAUAUUUGCGACCUUGAAUUUAAAACUUGUCUUUACAGCGUCUGUAAGAGCAGGAAACAUGAAUGGACAGCAAAUGAACUGAAAGCUUGUAAAGGUGCUGCCAAAUUGAUGUACACAGCUACUCAAGCUUUCGGCUGUAAAGCAUAUCAAAAUGCCCAGAAAAAAGCCUGUCGUUGUGUUGGAGUGAGUCAUCAGGACCUGUGA